AUGGAAUUCGAAAACAAUGAUGAAACAAAAGGGGGGGAAAAACUAAUUUAUAAAAAGGAAAGAAAAUGUUGCAUUUGCAUGGUUUGUGACUUUUUUUACCCUAACAUGGGAGGAAUAGAAAUUCAUAUAUUUGAGCUAUCGAAAGAAUUGAUAAAAAGAGGGUUUAAAGUUAUCGUAGUUACACAUUGUUAUGGCAAUAGACAUGGAGUCAGAUGGAUGGGGAAUGGAAUCAAAGUGUAUUAUCUACCUUUACAAAUAUUGACAGAUGCUGUCACUUUUCCAAAUUUCAUAGGGGUGCUGCCUUUGUGCAGAAAUAUAAUAUUUAGAGAAAAGGUUGACAUUGUUCAUGGCCAUCAGGCUGGAUCACCACUAACUCAACAAUUUAUAUUACAUGCCAAGACCUUAGGCGUAAAAACUGUAUACACAGAUCAUUCUCUCUACUCUUUUUCAGAAAGUGGAUGCUUACAUUUAAAUAAAUUAUUAAGGCAUUGUAUACACGAUGUAGAUCAUUCUAUAUGUGUUUCACAUGCUAAUAGAGAAAAUUUUAUUUUGCGUACUCAAGUAAAUCCUUAUAAAGCUUCAGUAAUAAGUAAUGCAAUUGAUAGUACGAAAUUUGUUCCUUGUAUAAAUAAACGGCCAGCACCCCCCAAAAUAAAUAUAAUAAUAAUAAGUAGAUUAACAUAUAGAAAAGGCGUUACUUUAAUUGCCAAAGUCAUUCCUUUAGUACUCCAAAAAUAUCCUUUUAUAAAUUUUAUAAUUGGUGGUGAUGGACCCAAAAGAAUAAUACUUGAAGAAAUGAGAGAAAAACAUCGAUUACAUAAUUCAGUUAUUUUAUUAGGAAAAAUAAAACAAGAAGAAGUUCAAAAUAUUUUACAAACUGGUCAUAUAUUUCUAAAUGCUUCUUUAACUGAAGCCUUUUGUAUAGCUAUAAUCGAAGCAGCAAGUUCUGGUUUACUUGUUGUAUCAACUAAUGUAGGAGGUACUGCUGAGGUCUUACCUCCUGAUAUGAUAAUUUUAGCAAAACCAGAUCCUAUCGAUUUAUCUAAAGCAAUUGACCAAGCAUUGGAUAAGCUUAAAGAUGUUGAUGUAAAUUUAUUUCAUGAUAGACUUUCUAAAAUGUACUCCUGGAAAAAAGUCGCCGAAAAAACAGAAAAAGUUUAUAUGACUGUUUUGCCUUACUCAAAUGAGACUCUAUUAAAUAGGAUACAAACGAUGUACAAUAAUAAUACCUUUUUUAGUAAAAUUUGCAUUUUUUUGAUCAUGGUGAGCCAUAUUUAUUGCAAAAUAUUGGAGUGGAUAGUCCCCAGAAAAAAUAUAGAAGAGGCUAUUAGUUUCCCACAUCUGAUUGAAGACGAAUAA